GUCAACAAGACAUUCAAUCUGAAAUAUCAAUUACACCUUCAAUGUUAGUUUCAAAUUGUAAAAGUAGCAAUCAACAAUUACCAUAUGAUAUAAUCAAAUCCAAUCAACUGUUAUUAGAAGGUAUAAUUGAAGGCGGCGCACCUCUUUCUCUU